AAAGCAGUUUUAAAAAUAAUUAAAAAACAUUUAUCCAAAUAAAAUUUUAAAAUUAAAAAACAUAAAAAAAAACCCAAAAGCGUCUGCACAUUGUAAUAACGUGUCUUUAAAUUAAAAAAAAAAAAUGUGGUGCAAUGGCCAAACAAGACUUGACCUACUAGUCAAUGAGUGCUUGAUAGAGUUAGUAAAGAUUAUUAUUUAUAUUUUUUAAAGUGAGGGUUCGGAUUUUAAAAAGUAACAGAUGUAAUAAUUAAUAUAAUUUUAAAGAGACCGUCUUAUUGAUACCUCGUUAAUAUUAUAAGGUCUCCUCACGAAUGUUUCUGAAUUAGUUUUGGGGCGGACAAUGAAUUUAAAAUAUCGUAUAAUACCAGAUGGUUUAUUAAAAAAAAAAAAAAAACUCGACCUGCUAAGCUAAAAGUUGACGUAAAGGAAGGGUGAUGGAGCGGCAAGGAGAGGUUGGGGCGGGAAAAGCUAGUACCGUCGUCUCUUGUCUUGCAACUUGCAAGAGCUAGCUUAUUCCAAUUUAGUCGAUGACUGCUUUGAGUUUUGAAUCCUCCGUUUCACUCAAGAUCUAGUUAAUUAAGGUUUCUAGGGUACCAUUUUUGGGCACUUCAAAUGGACAGCGAAAGCCCAGGCGAGGCGAACAAAACCAAGUCCAAGACCCCCCGAAAAACAAAGGAGAGCCUUCUGAAGCAGAGUUUUGCUCUGGAUUAUUUGCGGCGUCGUCAAUUUCUCUGGAUAAGUUGCUUUGUUUGACUAUUAACAUUAAACUUUGCUUCAAAAAAAUAAUAAAACGAAAAAAAAUCGGCAGUGAAGACGAUGAUGCAUUCCAUGUCACCGGACAGACGCGCACACAACAGCCCUGGAAAAUGCCUAUAUACCACUGUCAGAGAGCUUGUUGAGAAUUCCCUUGACUCAGCAGAAUCUAUAUCUGAGCUUCCCGUUGUUGAAAUAAUUAUUGAGGAGAUAGGGAAAAGCAAAUUUAAUUCUUUGAUUGGACUUGUUGACCGUGAACGGAUUGAUGCAGAAUUAUAUGAUGAUUAUGAAACUGACAAGGCUCGUGAGAAACGGUUAGCGAAGGAGGCUCGUGCUCAAGAAAUACAAACAAAGAAUGCUGCCCUUCGAAAGAAAGUGAAAGAGCCUGUAGCUUCGAAGGGAAUUAAGGGUCGAGGUGAGGCUUCUUUUUACAGGGUUACAUGCAAGGAUAAUGGAAAAGGAAUGCCACAUGAUGACAUCCCAAAUAUGUUUGGCCGGGUUCUUUCUGGGACAAAAUAUGGCUUAAAGCAGACGCGAGGAAAAUUUGGUCUUGGUGCAAAGAUGGCUCUAAUAUGGUCUAAAAUGAGCACUGGGCUUCCUAUUGAAAUCUUGUCAUCAAUGAGAAACCAAAGUUAUACUUCGUUUUGCAGGCUGGAUAUAGACAUUCAUCGGAACAUUCCACAUGUGCAUUUACAUGAAAAACAGGAGAGCAAAGAUCGCUGGCAUGGAGCUGAAAUUCAAGUGGUCAUAGAGGGAAACUGGACAACUUAUCGUUCAAAAAUAUUGCAUUACAUGAGACAAAUGGCCGUUAUCACUCCUUACGCACAGUUUCUAUUUAAAUUUGUGUCCGAUGCACCUGACAAGAAUGUCACUAUAAGGUUUGCUCGGAGAACAGAUGUAAUGCCACCGGUUCCUCUGGAGACAAAGCAUCAUCCAUCAUCUGUUGAUCUGCUUCUAAUUAAACGACUUAUUGCUGAAACUUCAAAGCAGAACCUUUUGCAGUUUCUGCAGCAUGAAUUUGUGAACAUUAGCAAAUCCUAUGCUGAAAGAUUGAUAGGUGAGAUGGGUCCUGAUUUUAGCCUAAAAAUGGCUGUGAAGUCUUUAACUUCUCAGCAGAUAGUACGCAUCCAUCAGUUGCUUCGUCAAGCUAAGUUUGAUGAUCCCAGUGGUGAUUGUCUUAGUCCUGCUGGUGAAUACAAUCUUCGCCUGGGAAUCAUAAAAGAGCUGCACCCGGACAUGGUUGCAACCUAUUCAGGCAGUGCCCAAGUAUUUGAAGGCCACCCAUUCAUUGUUGAAGCUGGGGUUAGUGUAGGCGGAAAAGAUGUCAAGCAAGGUCUGAAUAUAUUUCGAUUUGCAAAUAGGAUUCCCUUGCUUUUUGAGCAAGGUGCUGAUGUUGUCACCAGGACUGCAAUGAAGAGAAUCAACUGGAGCAGUUACAAAAUCAACCAGAUGCAAGAUAAGAUUGGUGUUUUCGUAAGUGUUGUGAGCACAAAAAUUCCCUUCAAAGGGACUGGAAAGGAAUACAUUGGAGAUGACAUAACUGAGAUUGCUUCUGCUGUUAAGUAUGCUAUUCAGCAGUGUUGCGUCCAAUUAAAAUCCAAGAUAGUGAAAAAGAUGCAGGCUCGAGAGCAGCAGGAGAGGAAACGAAAUCUAAGCAAGUACAUUCCAGAUGCUACUGGUGCAGUCUACAAUAUUUUGAAAGAAAUGGCGCAGUUACAUGCAUCAAAGAAAAGUCGUCUCACUGAUGGCAAUAUGGAACUUCUGAGAAAAGUAUCUACUGGUUUAAUUACUAAAGAAACAUUGAGUGAAAAGCUUGCUAAACAUGUUGAACAGGUGGACUAUGAAAUGGCAUUGGAGUAUGCCACUCAAAGUGGAGUUAGCGAGGAACCCAGGGAAGCAAUAUAUAUUCAGUCCCUUGAAGCUGAAAAUAAGACGAUUGACUUGCGUGCUCCGUUAUUUGUCUUCAGAGUCAUUCAAUAACACAAGCAAAAGAAGACUUGAUUUGCCAAGUUUCAAGUUUAAACUUGUAUCAUAGUAUUAUAGUACAAGGAGGAACAAUUCUUGUAACUUCACAUUUUUAAGCAAACGCAAUGAAUUUAGUAGCGUUUAUUAGUUUGCUGGUCAAGCUACCAAUAAUAAUUUGGACACCACGAUUUUCAAGAAUU